CGCCGCUGCUCCGUGUCCUCUCGCCCGCCGCCGCCAUGAACGGACAGCUCAACGGCUUCCACGAGGCGUUCAUCGAGGAGGGGACGUUCCUCUUCACCUCAGAGUCUGUGGGGGAAGGUCACCCAGAUAAGAUCUGUGACCAAAUCAGUGAUGCUGUUCUUGAUGCACACCUUCAGCAAGACCCCGAUGCCAAAGUGGCCUGUGAAACUGUUGCUAAAACUGGAAUGAUUCUUCUUGCUGGAGAAAUUACAUCCAGAGCUGCCAUUGAUUACCAGAAAGUGGUUCGUGAAGCCAUUAAGCACAUUGGAUAUGAUGAUUCAUCCAAAGGGUUUGACUACAAGACUUGUAAUGUGUUGGUGGCCUUGGAACAACAGUCACCAGAUAUUGCCCAGGGUGUUCAUCUUGACCGGAAUGAGGAAGACAUUGGUGCAGGAGACCAGGGUUUGAUGUUUGGUUAUGCCACUGAUGAAACUGAAGAGUGUAUGCCUUUAACCAUUGUCUUAGCACACAAGCUAAAUGCUAAACUGGCUGAACUACGUCGCAACGGCACAUUGCCUUGGUUACGCCCAGAUUCUAAAACUCAAGUGACUGUGCAGUAUAUGCAAGACCGAGGUGCUGUGCUUCCUAUCAGAGUCCACACAAUUGUUAUAUCUGUUCAGCAUGAUGAAGAAGUUUGUCUUGAUGAAAUGAGAGAUGCUCUAAAAGAGAAAGUGAUCAAAGCUGUCGUGCCUGCAAAAUACCUUGAUGAGGAUACAAUUUACCACCUACAGCCAAGUGGCAGAUUUGUUAUUGGUGGGCCUCAGGGUGAUGCUGGUUUGACUGGCCGAAAAAUCAUUGUGGAUACUUACGGCGGUUGGGGAGCUCAUGGAGGAGGGGCCUUUUCAGGAAAGGAUUACACCAAAGUGGACCGCUCAGCUGCUUAUGCUGCUCGAUGGGUAGCAAAAUCCCUUGUUAAAGGAGGUCUGUGCAGGAGGGUUCUUGUUCAGGUCUCUUAUGCUAUUGGAGUUUCUCAUCCAUUGUCGAUCUCCAUUUUCCAUUAUGGUACUUCUCAGAAGAGUGAAAGAGAGCUAUUAGAAAUUGUAAAGAAGAAUUUUGAUCUUCGCCCUGGGGUCAUUGUCAGGGAUCUGGAUCUGAAGAAGCCAAUUUAUCAGAGGACUGCAGCCUAUGGCCACUUUGGUAGGGACAGCUUCCCAUGGGAAGUGCCCAAAAAGCUUAAAUACUGAAAGUGUUAGCCUUUUUUCCCCAGACUUGUUGGCGUAGGCUACAGAGAAGCCUUCAAGCUCUGAGGGAAAGGGCCUUCCUAAAAUUUUUCUGUCCUCUUUCAGCUCCUGAUCAGUUGCAGUCACUCUAAUCAAUGACAUGAAUUUAGCUUUUGUGGGGGACUGUAAGUUGGGCUUGCUAUUCUGUCCCUAGGUGUUUUGUUCACCAUUAUAAUUGAUAUAGUGAGCAUAGGUAAUCCGUGUAACUGCCUAGAAACAAACACUGUAGUGAAUAAUGCUUUGAAAUCGAACCUUUGUGCCCUAUCACCUAAUCCUCCAAAGUCCUAAUUGCAAUUACUUUCCCACCAGAUGCUGAAAAUGUCCUUGUAAUGUGCACGUAAAGUACUUGUAGUUUGACUAUAGACUCUGGCAGUGCCACAGCCCUGUCCGCAUGAAUUUGUAAUGUCUUGAGCUCUAUUUAUUGAAUGUGAAGCCCCUUCCCUUACCCUCCCUGUAACUUAAGUCUUUUCUAAUUAUGUAGUUCUUUUUGUCAGGGAGUGUUCCUGUCCAAUCAAUCUUGCAUGAAACGCAAGUUUCAAUUGGAGCUCUAG